ACCGAGGGCACCGUAACGCUCCCAAUAUAACCACACACACCCAGGCAGCGGCCUCAGUCCGAGCCGUACGGAUACAGACGGGCUCCCCGCUCGCUGGACAGACCUUUCUUUGCGUGUUUUUGAUGAACACCAUGAUAAAAGGGGAAGAAGCAGAGGAAGUAGAGAUUGACCUGGAGGACUCUAGCGACUCUAAUGGGGAGGAACCUGAAACUCUGUGGAGGGCCCAUCCUUCUCUGGAGGAAGAGGAAGACAUUCAUACGUCGGCACUGGUAGAAAUCAGUGAUACCAAGCCUCUGAUAAACGUCCGAGACCCCCGCGGUAUCAAUGACUGUCUCAAGGUGACAUUUGAGGACGUGAUCGCUGAGCCGGUGUCAGUGCGCAGUGGGGACAGAGUGUGGUUCUGGAGUAAUGCCUUGUUCGAGGUGUCCAGGGUUUGGGUCUACAGGGUAGUGACAGUGCUUCUGGCCAUUCCCAUUUCAAUUGCCUCCGGUCUCCUCUUUGCCAUCCUAAGCUGCCUUCACAUCUGGAUCGUUGGGCCUUGCAGCCGCUGCGCCCUCGUUGGGGCGCGCUGGCUGGAGAGCCUGUGGAGCGUUGUGCUGGGCAUCGUCGUGCGACCGUUCUACACGAGUGCCGGGAGAUGCUGCGGAGGAUUCAGUGUUCACGUGGCCAGAGAAUGAGACGGACUCACCCACGCUGGGAGCGUUAUGCACACCGGUGCUGGUGGACUGACAUUGCUGUUUGAUUUUUUUUAUAUAUUAUUCAAAGCAAAAUGUUUAUAUGUUUUACACGGUUAAAGUCAGACAUCUGAUUAUAGACACGUUCAACAAUGAUUUAGAGCUGUCACGGUCAAAGAUGAUGAUAUUCUAUCAUAUCAUAUCCUCAGUAUAAAAUUGGUCCGGUGAAACAGAAAAGGUACUUAAUUUCUGAGAUUACCUUUUGCAGAGACCAUUUUUAAUUGCAUUUAUUUUUCUCACUUUGUGAGAUGAUUUGAAAAUGAUUUCAUUUUUUUAUCAACUUUAUUUUAUAAAACUUGGGACAGUUAUUUGACUAUUUUUUUAUUUAAAAUACUUUAAAUGACUAAAUGAUGAGUUAGUUCAAAAAAACGUUUAUUCCAGAUGUAUUUUCAAAGGAGGAAAUGGCAAUAAAAUAUAUGGAAAGUCAUAAAUAACCACUUUAUACUCAUCAUUGUGAUUCAGGUAUUUAUUAUUCCCCUCUAAAUGAAUGAUGUAGUGAUGGCAGACCUUAAACUCAUGUUAAGACAUUAAAUAGGUAACAUUUGAGUAUGUAGUAGUUUUUGUCACUUUAUACAUAAUAUAUCAUCUUACUAUAAGUCACGCACUUAUUCACCAACUCUUGUGCAUUCUCAACUCUUCAAGGAUGUGGUCCGGUUGCUAAUGGUCUGCUUACUUUAAUGUGUGUUUAUUGAAAUUGAAAUAUGUGAUCUAAGUUGGUUAGUAGGGAGCUUUUUUUUAAUCACCAAUGGACAUUUAGAUUGUAUGAACCUGUUAUAAGAUCAACGGCAGACCCUUAUUUUUAUUUGGCCAACACUUACAUAUUCCACCUUUAAAUUGAUGAGAAAAAAAUCUUGUCGGUCUUUUCCAAUAAUUAACUGUCUGUUUUAUUCGCCACUGGUUGAAGGUAUCUCCUGUUGAGAUUUCUGGCCCUGCGUUAACACUACAGACUUAGAUGAGAUUUGGUUUGGAACCCAACGCAUUAGAAAAGGACCAGCAUGAAUAUUUAAUUCCAGAAACAACGUGUACCAGAAUCAUCCCGGUGCUCACUUCAAGCAGACUUCAUUAUAAGUGUGUCCUGCAGCACAGUCACUUACUGCAGGACACAACGGGAAAACACGUUGAUAGUUAUUUGUGUGAACUGAACCUGCGUAGUCAAAAACAGCAACCAAUAAAGUAUGUGAGUGAG